CACGUGAUUCAUAGAUAAAGCAAACGUGAUUCGUACGGCAGCAAAAUUUUUACGCUCUUGGAUUUUUUAGUUUUAUUUGUGUUAUAGUUUAGUUUAGAUUAUUUGUGUGAACUUUUUAUUGGAUUCUAUUCGUGAUUGCAAGACGGAUUAACUAUCUUUGGAACUUUCUUGAUUGAAUAUUAUAUAUCAUAAAUUGUCUAGUGGCGACGCGCCCAAAGACAUGAGCACAGACUCUGAAAUAAUGGCCGUCAAUGGCAAUGAUCGUAAUGCUAAAGAUCUCAAAGGUGACGCACCUGAGACAGCUGUGGAAUCACUAGUUGCCACAAUGCAAAAACAAUUGUCAGAAAAUCAAAAAACAAUGCUGUGUCUAACACAAACUGUACAAAAGAUGCAAGAACGUAUGAAUGGCGAACAAACAAAUAAGGGGGAGAAGCGCAAGGCGCUGGAUAAUCCCCAGUCUGCAUCAACAAGUAAAAAGCAGGCACCUGACUGUAGUAAGUCCGAGUCGGAGGCGGACAAAGACGAAUUUGAGGAACUCCUGUCUGAAGUGACAGAAGAAAAAGAAAGCGAUCCAGACGAUCUCCUAGAAGAGCUAGCAGAAUGUUUUGGUUCGGAGGACAAAUGCAGUGAACCAAUUUAUGAGAAAUUGGCGAAAGUCGCGAAUGAAGGCAUGCGGACAAAAUUAAACAAUGACAAAAUAAAGGAGAUCGGUGAAAAGUAUAGCAGACCGAAAAAUGUCGCAAAUCUUAUCACACCUAAAGUAAACAGCGAAAUCUGGGCACAUCUUAAUAGGAAAGUCAGAACACAGGAUGUCCGACUUCAAAAAACACAGGCACUGGUGUGCAAAGCUAUUGUGCCACAGCUCCAGCAGCUGGAUAUACUUCUUAAGUCAAAAAAGAAGGGGGGUGAAACAGCUCCGAUUGGCGAGGUUACGAAACUAGCGAUGGACAGCCUCAAAUUAAUGACUUUUGUAUAUUGUGACCUUUCAUAUCGGCGCAGAGAACUGAUCGUUCAGCCGGACAAAAACGAGGAGUUUAAGGCUUUGUGCUCCAAUGACCAUCCGGUGACUGACAACUUGUUCGGAGACGACCUUGGGAAAGUUAUUGAAGAUAUUGUUAAAGGCAAUAAAGUAGGGUCGAAGAUAUCCGGAACGUUUCCUAAGGAUAGAAAACCUUAUAGCAGGAAACCUUUUGGCCAUGGAUACAAGUCAAAUUACACUCAGUACGGAGGAUCGGGAAAACAGUCCCAUUUUUUAGGCCACAGAUCCACUCCACAUUUCCGGAAGAAGGCCCCGAGCACUCAAUACAAACAGCGGAAAUGAAA